AACACUAUUCAAGCGGAACCUUUGAAAGGAGCAGCAUGUUGUCGGCGGAAUGGGAUAGCGGCUGCACGACGUGUUGUGUUUAGCGUUCGCGCUCAAGAGCUGUUGGUGGGAUGUGCCUUGCUGCUUCAGUGGUAACGUUAAUGCCUUUCCAUUGGAAAUAAAAUGAGUGAGUUCCGAAUACAUCAUGAUGUCAACGAGCUGCUCAGUUUGCUCCACGUACGAGGAGGCGAUGGAGCAGAAGUGUACAUCGACUUACUGCAGAAAAACAGGACUCCUUAUGUUACCACCACGGUGUCGGCGCACAGCGCGAAGGUGAAAAUUGCAGAGUUUUCUAAAUCCCCGGAUGACUUCUUGAGGAAGUAUGAGGAAAUGAAGUCGAAGAACGUCCGCAACCUUGAUCCCCUGGUUUACUUAUUGUCAAAACUCACAGAGGAUAAAGAGACCCUGCAUUGCCUGCAGCAAAAUGCGAAGGAGAGAUCGGAGACAUCCUCCAACGCUACAGCCAGCAGUAGCACAAAUUUCACCAUACCGUCAACCUCUACCAAGAUGUCCAUGCAGGAGCUAGAGGAGCUACGGAAGAAGCUCGGAACUGUCACUGCCAGCUCAACAGUCCAGCAGUCGGCUGAAGUCACCCGAAAGAUGUUGAGGGAAAGGCACAAUAAGAAGAACCCCACCAUGCUGAAUCCCGUAUUUCCGAACUGGGUUUAUGAAAGACCUGCACUUAUCGGGGAUUUCCUUACUGGCGUGCCUGCAGUCGUCGAUCCAGCUCAUGCUGUAGGUACCAUGCCGCUGCCGGCCCAGGAGCAGGCGCUGGUUGAAGACCUGUUAUAUGUUCUGCUAGGAGUUGACGGGAGGGACGUCGUAGCACAGCCCAUGUUGGGUCGACAGACCCGUUCCUUCAUCAUCGAUCCAACCUUAGACAUGUCGGUCAAGGAGCUUGUGAACAGGAUCUUGCCAGUUGCAGCCAGCUACUCCACGAUUACCCGCUUUAUAGAGGAGAAGUCGUCUUUCGAGUACGGCCAGGUGAAUCAUGCCCUCACAGCCGCCAUGAGGACACUGAUGAAGGAGUACCUGAUUCUGGUAACGCAGCUAGAGCACCUGCACAGGCAGGGAUUGCUCUCGCUUCAGAAGAUGUGGUUUUAUAUUCAGCCAACCAUGAGAACCAUGGAGAUCCUCGCCUCGAUUGCCUCCUCUGUUGACAAAGGAGACUGCAUGGGAGGGGCUACAUUAAGCCUCCUCCAUGACCGCACAUUCAACUACACCGGAGACAAUCAAGCCCAAGAGCUGUGUCUAUACCUCACGAAAGCAGCUAGCGUCCCUUACUUCGAGAUACUCGAGAAGUGGAUCUACAGGGGCAUCAUUAAAGACCCAUACAGUGAAUUUAUGGUGGAGGAGCAUGAGCUUCAGAAGGAGAAGAUUCAGGAGGACUAUAACGAUAAGUACUGGGAUCAGCGGUACACGAUCGUGCAGCACAGAAUCCCAUCCUUCCUCCAGAAGAUGGCCGACAAAAUAUUAAGCACUGGGAAGUAUCUGAAUGUGGUGAGGGAGUGUGGUCGAGAUGUGACGUGCCCGGAUGCCAAAGAGGUCCUGUACACUCUGAAAGAAAGAGCCUACGUUGAGCAGAUUGAAAAGGCCUACAAUUAUGCCAGCAAGGUCCUCCUCAACUUCCUGAUGGAAGAGAAGGAGCUGGUGACAAGACUCAGAUCGAUUAAGCACUACUUCCUAAUGGACAAGGGAGACUUUUUUGUUCAUUUUAUGGACCUGACUGAGGAGGAGCUGAAAAAACAAGUGGAUGACAUCAUUCCACCCAGACUGGAAGCCUUGCUGGAGCUCGCUCUGAGGAUGAGCACUGCAAACACCGACCCAUUUAAAGAUGACCUAAAGAUCGACUUGAUGCCUCAUGACGUCAUCACACAACUCUUGCGGGUCCUGGCCAUCGAGACGAAGCAGGAGAAGGCGAUUAUCAACGCCGACCCGACGGAUGUCGCUCUCAGUGGCCUGGAGGCCUUUUCGUUCGAUUACAUUGUCAAAUGGCCAUUGUCGCUCAUCAUCAACAGGAAGGCCCUGACCAGAUAUCAGAUGUUGUUCCGGCACAUGUUUUACUGUAAGCAUGUGGAAAGACUGUUGUGCAAUGUGUGGAUUAGCAACAAAGCAGCUAACCAGUAUUCUCUUCACUCAGCCAAGUGGUUUGCUGCAGCCUUCGCGCUAAGACAGCGGAUGCUGAACUUUGUGCAGAACAUUCAGUAUUACAUGAUGUUUGAAGUCAUGGAGCCAACGUGGCACGUUAUGGAAAACAACCUAAAAUCUGCGUCAAACAUCGAUGACGUCCUGUGCCAUCAUACCAGCUUUCUGGAUAACUGCCUCAAAGACUGCAUGUUGACCAAUCCCGAGCUCCUCAAGAUCUUCUCAAAGCUAAUGUCUGUGUGUGUCAUGUUCACAAACUGCAUGCAGCGGUUCACUCAGAGCAUGAGGGUGGACAGCGAAAUGAAACGGCUCACUCUUGAGCAUGGCACGAUGGACGGCCCCCCCACAAAGAAUGAACGCACUGAAGAGGCAGAGAAGAAAAGACUCACCUCAAAGUUCUUGGCAGAGCAUGUCGAUGCUCUACAGUCCGACUCUGGUUUCGAAGCGACGAUUAGCAAGUUUGACUCUAACUUCAGUAGCUUGUUGCUGGACCUGUUGGAUAAACUGAGCAUAUACAGCACUAAUGACUGUGAGCACAGUAUGAUCAACAUAAUCUACAGGCUGGAUUUCAAUGGAUUCUACACAGAACGCUUAGAGCGAAUGGCCAUUGAGCGAAGUCAGAAGGCAGCUGCUUAGCUUAGUAUGCAACCUCCAUGAAGUCUGCUGAUUGAGUGUUUCGAAAAUAUUUGUGUGUCCUACCCAAACCUCUACUUUUAUAGUUAACUUCGUAAGUCAAGCUUAGCUAUUGAGCAUGAAUUGUGAUUUAAAAGAGACUUUUAUCGAUAUUGAAAUAUGGAUCAUACAUGUUGUUUCAGAUUAAGGACAUUGUGGUAUAAGAAUUUAUUGCGCUACUCUGGCUUAAAUAAGCAGCCCAGAAUAUCAAUGCCAGUGUGGACCUGGAUGCUUGAGUAAUUUCUGUAUUAAUUGUCAUUAAAGUAUAAAACUGUUUAAUUACAA